GGCACAGGCGACGGAAUUCCAAACAAUUUAAUAAUAUUAUGUUAUGUUAUUAUUACAUUAUUAUUAUACAACAUUACCUAAAUAAAUAAAUAAAUAAAUAAAUAAAAUAUUUUUAAAACCCGGCAUCAGUAUUAUAUGACUACGGCACCAGGUCGCUGAUAGCAUUAUUUAUUACCUACUGUCAUUAUUACGAUUUUUGUUUUUUCCACUAUUGAAAUAAAAUAUACAAUAAUUACUAACAAGUACUCGUUUAAUGUAGGACAUUGACAGACACUACGACUAAAUGAUGAACAACGAUCAAGACGAAGAGCUCAAGCUCAGCAAAACUCAUUUUGAUGCGAUCAAACUGUUGGAGGGAGCGUUACAAAAAAUGGAUGGAAUUAUAUCGACGGAUAUUGGGUAGCACUCUUUUGGAAGGUUGACACAAUACCAGUAAACUUAACCUUACUGCCAACCAGUUAAUUAAAAACAUAAAAAAAAUUAUGAACUAAAUGUUCAUUUAAUAUGAUUGAUAGGCAAAUUCAGUCUACUGAAGCCAUACUGUUGAGCCAACAUCAAAUUCAAAUUGUUUUACCAAUUCAAAUGGACAGACUGUAUUAAAUAAUUUUAUUCAACAAGAAAAUUCUGAAGAUUCUUCUGAUCAUUUAGAGUCAAAGCUCCGAGUUUCUAUGUUAAAUAAUCAAGUUGAUAUUCUAUUAAGAAAAUUAAAUCAUCUAGAAAAAUAUCUAUUGCAACAAAAUGAUUUAAGAAAAAAAGCUGAAAGUAAGCUCCAAGAGGAAAUGAUUUUAAAAUCAAAACUAGAAACGGAAAAACUUGAAGUUAUUGCUAUGCUAACUAAUUUGAAAUUAGUAAAUGUUAGGCUAACCAAGGAAAACAUGGAUCUUAAAGAAAUGAUAAUAAAUAAUCAAAAUGCACAGAAUUCAAUGACAUCAUCAUGUACAUCAGAAGUAGUAAACUCUCAGUUUCAACGUUCAAAAAACCACGGAUCACGUUUUUAUUGUAGUUUGCCUCGACAUAAUAUUUCAAAAAAGAAAAAUGAAAACCAGAAUAUUAAUAAUGAGUUAUUAAAUGAUAUUACUGAAUCAUGUGCAAAUUUAAUGAACAGAAAAUCACAGUUUGACAAAUGUUCUUCAGCGCCAAAUUUAGUUGAUUCAAAACACGACUGCCAAAAUGAACAAAUAUUAGAAAAUAGUUCAAGUCUCUUUUCCAGUACCAAAAUUUAUUCUUUUCAAAAUUCAAAUUUACUAUUUAGUGAGCUAAAUCGUCAACAGUUACGAGAUUGGUUUGCUGAACAAGGUAUUGAUUAUGUUUUAGAAGGAUCAAAAUUAUGGCCUACUUCUGGAAAAGAAUUGAUUUCUUCUUCCAUCAGUGAGAUUGAUGAAAAAUUUAAAUUUAAACAUUGGUUACAUAGAAAAAAGCUAAUUUUAGCCAUUCAAUUUGAAAAAGAUCCAAAUAAAUUAUUUGAUGAAGACAAAUAUCUGGCUAAAGCAAGAUAUUUAAAUACGUCUUGGGUACUACAAUGGUUAGAUGACAUAGGUCUUCCACAGUAUAAAGAACCAUUUUCUCUGGCAGCUAUAAAUGGUACCCUUUUAAACAGACUCACCAAAGACGAUUUUCUAAUGAUGCCAUUUGAAAAUUCAGAUUUACAUUUCUCUAGUCUCCGAUAUGGAAUAAAGGUGUUGAGAAAGAAUAAUUUUGAUCCUGAAUGUUUGAUCCGUCGGUCUAAUACUAACAAAAAUGAUGAUGAUUGUAAUUUAUCACUAUGGACAACACAUAGAGUAAUGGAAUGGCUUUGUAGUGUCAAUUUGGCUGAAUAUGCAUCUAAUUUAAGGGGUUCUGGUGUUCAUGGUGGACUAAUAGUAUAUGAUGACAGAUUUACUUCUGAGCUUCUAGCUGACAUUUUAUUCAUACAACAGAGCAAAACAUUGCUGAGACGUCAUUUAAGCAUACAGUUCAGCAUGUUGAUAGGAAGAGAUUUAAAUCAAAAAAAAAGAGAUGAUCAGUGCAAACCAAAGUAUAGGCCUCUGACAAUAUCAUCUAAGACUAAAAUUCAAAAAAAAUCACAAUUUUCAUUGAAGAGGAAAAAGCAUAACAAUGAACUGAGUAUUGGUGAUCUGAUUUGUCCUAUGGACGAUUAAAACUAGUUGUUUUAUUUUUACGUAGUUAAACCAAAGUUAAAAUACUUUUAGUACAUGACAAAAAAAGACUUAUUGCUUAUUAUAUAUAUUUUAUUAAUGUAUUUAAAUUAAUGAUAAUUGUGUUUGUUAAAAGAUAUAACAAUAAUUAACGAUUUCCUAACCAAAAAUUAAUGAUAUUUUAAAAGUUAAAGGUUUUUAUACUAAAAAUAUUUUAAUAUUUUUGCAUUACAUAAACACUACCUAUGUUAUAGUAGAAUGUAUUUUUAUUGAUAAGUAAUAUAAAGCAAUAUUAUUGUGAA